GUGUGUCUGUGUGUGUGGGUUGGUUGUGUGUCCGCCUCCCUCUCUUCAUUUCCUGAAUCCAGCUCCUCUGAUUCUCAGCGACCUGGGACACAAACUGUCUCUGAUCAGCUGAAAACUGGAACAUGAAGCGCGAAGCUCAGCUCCGCCCCGCUACGUUCUGACCACACCCACCAAUGGGCGAGGGUGUGGGCGAGGCCAGGAUGAGUGCCGAGGUGCUAUUGGAGGAGACACUGAUCAAGCGUUCUCAGCAGAAGAAGAGGACGUCGCCGCUGAACUACAAGGAGCGACUGUUCGUCCUCACCAAGAGCCGGCUGACCUACUACGAUGGAAGAGCAGAGAAGCGGUUCAGGAGAGGAUCGAUCGAGCUGAGCCGCAUCAGAUGUGUGGAGAUCGUCAAGAACGGAGGAGGAGUCAUUCCCUGCCAGAACAAAUACCCCUUCCAGGUUGUGUAUGAUACCAACACACUCUACGUUUUUGCUCCGAGUCACGACAGCAGAAGUCUCUGGGUCCAGAGCCUGAAAGAGGAGAUUAAAGACAACCCGAUGGUCUUGACGAAGUUUCAUCCCCAGUUCUGGCAGGAGGGGGCGUGGCUCUGCUGUCGCCAGGCGGAAAAACAGGCUCCGGGCUGCGAAGAGUACAACCUGUUUGGAGACAUUUCCAGAAAACCUUUACCCCCGAUUCCUGGAGAGGAAUGUAAAGACAAGAGGCGCCGCUGCCGUCCUCCCCUCCCCCCGACCCCUGUGGAUGGCGAUGACGGUGACGAUGAUGGUGAGGAUGAUGAUGAUGAUGACGACGAUGAGGUGGUCGUGGCUCUGUACGACUUCCCGGGCACCGAGCCACAUGACCUGAGUCUGGUCAGAGGAGGCGAGUACGUCAUCCUAGAAAAAUGUGACGUCAACUGGUACAAGGCGCGCAACAAGUACGGUGAGGAAGGCUACAUCCCAAGUAACUAUGUGACAGAGAAGAGCUCUGGAAGCCUGGUGCAGUUUCCUUGGUACAGUAAACAAGUCAACAGAAACAAGGCAGAGGAGCUGCUGAGGAAGGAGGACAAAGAAGGAGCCUUCAUUGUCAGAGACUCCAGCACUCCAGGGACCUACACCGUGUCCCUCUACACCAAGUCUGCUGCAGGGGAGGGAGGGUCGUCUAUAAAACAUUACCACAUCAAGGAGACACAAGGCUCGUCUCCUCAGUUUUACCUGGCGGAGAAACACCUGUUCAGCUCCAUCCCCGACCUGAUCGAGUAUCACAAGCACAACGCAGCAGGUCUUGUUGCAAGGUUGAGGUAUCCUGUAGGAAAACAGGACAAGUCUGCUCCGUCCACUGCUGGUUUCAGCUACGAGAAGUGGGAGAUCAACCCCAGUGAGCUGACCUUCAUGAAGGAGCUGGGCAGCGGGCAGUAUGGUCUGGUGAGGCUCGGCAAGUGGAGGGCUCAGCACAAAGUGGCCAUCAAGGCCAUCAAAGAGGGAGCCAUGUACGAGGAGGACUUCAUCGAGGAGGCCAAGGUCAUGAUGAAGCUGUCCCACCCCAAACUGGUGCAGCUGUACGGAGUGUGCAGCCAGCAGCGACCCAUCUACAUCGUCACAGAGUUCAUGGAGCACGGCUGCCUGCUGAACUUCCUCCGGCAGCGACGGGGCAGCUUCAGCCUGGGGUCCUUGCUGAGUAUCUGCCUGGAUGUCAGCGAGGGUAUGGAGUACCUGGAGUCCAACGGUUUCAUCCACAGAGAUCUGGCUGCGAGAAACUGUCUGGUGAACGAAGCUCUGGUGGUGAAGGUGUCUGACUUCGGCAUGGCCAGGUAUGUGUUAGACAACCAGUACACCAGUUCAUCGGGUGUGAAGUUCCCAGUGAAGUGGUCGCCUCCCGAAGUCUUUAACUUCUGCAAAUACAGCAGCAUGUCGGACGUCUGGUCCUACGGUGUGUUGAUGUGGGAGGUUUUCACCGAGGGUCGUAUGCCGUUUGAACAGCACCAGAACCACGAGGUCGUUACCUUGGUAACCCAGGGUCACCGCCUGUACAGGCCCAAGAUGGCCACGCCCACCAUCUAUGACGCCAUGCAGCUCUGUUGGCAGGAGAGACCGGAGGACCGUCCGUCCUUCUCUGAGCUCUGCAUGAUGAUCUCUGACGCUCUGGAGGCUGACACUCCUCCCCCGAACUGACCAACUGACCAAACCAGCAGCUUCCACCGUCUGCUGUCGGCCAUGUCGGCCUUCACUCCUGCUCCGAGGCCAUCGCCGUGGUAACUUGGGGAUGUUAUGGCAGUCGUCAUCGAACCUGCUGUGCAACAAAAAAGGACAAUGUGGAGAACACGAUGUAAUGAUACUCAGACUGAAACUGACCAAUCAGAUGCAAGAGAAGGACCAAUCACACCAGCUGUAGACGGCGGCGAAAUCUGAGGCUCUACGUUAAAAAAAAAACUGAUUGAUUAUCUCUGCCGUGGAGUUUCCUCCUGUGUCUGUUUGUUUAUUUAUUAAUCAUCAACAUGAUGAUGACACUUGGUGGAAGGAUGGGACAUGGUCCAGGGAAGAACCCGUCCAAUUCCACUGUGGAUCCAGGAGUUUUUCUUCUCUCUUUCCUUCAUGUUGCUGAAUGUUUGACACGGUGGACACAUCAGCCUCAGUGUUUCCUCCGGGCAGUUCUGUCAGACCUGGACACUCGGUCCUUCGGUCAGUAUCAGGUUUUAAAAAAAAAUCUUACCUGUCCUCCCAGUAAGAACUCACCUGUGUGAACUGCUCCUGUCAGACUUUCUCACCAGGUCGGGAUAAUGGUUUCUUUUUUUGUCUGACAAAUUUAACUGCAUUAAAAAUCUGUUUCCUGUCAUUUCUAUAACAUCUUUGUGCAUCAAUAUUAAAAAACUGUUAAGA